CGAACCCUGGUGCUCCUUUGGCUUGGUCUGAAUCUGAAGCAGACAAAAGCCAUUGUUUCUCACUCCAAUUCUUUCGUGCAUCUCAGGAUCGGAUACGACUGUCGGAACACCCGAGAUAUAGGUCUUCCAUUGUAUUGUUUUCAUUAGAUCCAGAGCUUCAGCUGUGAUUAUGGAGGGAGCAUCGGGCGAUGCUUCCGGUGCUUACAUUGCCCUUGCUAGAUGGAAGAAUGAUUUCUCUCGGGCUUUCCAGUACUAUCUCGAUCGUUCCACUCCGCAUCGAGUUGAAAGAUGGCUGGGGACUCUCGCUGUUGCUUUGAUCUAUUUAUUGCGGGUUUAUUUGAUUCAGGGAUUCUACAUCGUCACCUACGGGCUCGGGAUCUAUUUGCUGAAUCUUCUGAUCGGGUUCCUGUCUCCGAUUGCAGAUCCCGAGGUUGAGGGCUUGGAUGGAGCAUCUCUUCCCACCAGGGGUUCAGAUGAGUUCAAGCCCUUCAUUAGACGUCUUCCAGAGUUUAAGUUCUGGUACUCCAUAACAAAAGCUAUUUGCAUCGCGUUUGUGAUGUCCUUCUUCUCCUUCUUUGAUGUUCCUGUUUUUUGGCCCAUACUUCUUUUUUACUGGAUUGUUCUUUUCUUCUUGACAAUGAAGCGGCAGAUUAUGCACAUGAUCAAAUACAAGUAUAUCCCAUUCAAUACAGGGAAGCAGAAGUAUACUGGGAAGAAGGCUUCUGCAAUAAGCAGCUUAGCACGGGAUUAAUCCAGCUCUAGCUUUCAAACAGAAAGGCAGGCAUGUGCUACCCGUUUCUAAAUUCUGUAAAUUCAAUGCACUCAUCUUAACAAAUUCUUUAUCCUUUGUAGAUAAAGUAAAUCUUUAUAUAAUGGUGAUGUAGUUUGAUUAGCAAGAUUCUGUGUUUCUUCCCUCAAUGAACGGGGCUACUUGCUACAGAUUACAAUGUUAUUCUUAAUCUUGCAUGACAUACAUGUGAACUGCUAUUCUUGCAAACUCGUUGCAUUCAGAAGUUACGUCUCUCUCUGUGGAGCUAUUAUUCU